AUGCCGUUAUUGGUUCUUGCAAUGGAUUGUUUUGCAUGUCGGAUUUUAUUUCUAUAUAUCUAUGGAAUCCCUCCAUCAGCAACCUAUGUCGUUGCUAUCGGCUUUGGAUUUCAUCGUAGCAAAAAUGACUAUAAGAUUGUGAGGGUGAUGAGGUUUGAACGCAAAGAGUUUGAGGUUGAGGUUUACAGCCUUAGACUGAAUUCUUGGAGAAGAAUUAGUGCAGUUCCUCCUGAUGUUAGUGUUUCUGAAGACGAAUGUGCAUUCUUGAAUGGAGUUGUGUAUUGGAGUACAAGAGAGCCUUUUCAAGGUUCCACCUUCAUUCUUUCUUUUGAUUUUGGCAGUGAGGAGUUUAGAAGGAUCAUGCUACCUCAUGAAGUAAGGAUCAUGCUACAUCAUGAACGCACAAGUUUCCGACACAUUCAUAUUCGAGUGUUUGAGAAAUCACUUUCCUUCUUCCAUCGACGAAGACAAGAUGGGCAACCGGGUUGGUUUUAUGACGUAUGGGUUCUUGAAAUGGAUACUUGGAAAAAGACCUGCACCAUUUUUCUCCCCGAAAGGGGAUGUGUACCAGGUCCACUAGCGUUCACUGGAAAUGGCAGAUUUCUUAUGGUUAUGACAGGUACUUUUUCGAAAGGUCCAUAUUUGGUUUUAUAUGAUCCUGAGGCGCACCAAACCACCAACACCGGAAUCAAAAUGAUGAAGCCUUGCGGGUAUGUCGAUGCUUAUAUUGAGAGUUUAAUUUUACUCAAGUGA